AUGCCGAUAAGGCCACCAAAUCCAAAUCCAUUGUUGAAUGCUAGUAAGUGUUCACGUCUAUUCCAUCAAUGGGUAUCUCCGUUGGUUUCAAAAUGUCGUAAACAAGGAACACUUGAUGUUAACGAUCUCUAUGAACCUCUUCCUGAUUGGGAAGCAGCAGCACUAACAGAUAAACUUGAAGCCAAUUGGUUUGCUGAAAUUAAACGAAAUUCUAAUAAACCGAGUCUAAUUCGAGCUACAUUACGCACUAUGAGAUGGAAACCAUUUCUCCUUGGUCUCAUUUUUAUUCCUUCUGAAUUUUUCGACAUUAUUCAACCACUCUUACUUACAUUUCUGAUGAGAUUCUUUGAGCCAUGUUCUACAAUGCCAGCUUGGCAUGCUUGGCUUCUAACUAUGAGUACAAUUUUUAUAGCAUUUUGCUCUAGUGUUAUUGUUAAUUAUGGAAUUUACUUAAUUAGUAAUUUGGCUUUACAAAUGCGUGUUGCUUAUAGUGGUCUAAUCUUUCGAAAAGCAAGUAUCAAUAUGUAA